AUGGGCGGCGGAAACAAAAGCGAAGUCACAUCGGUACUCUGCAUCCUCAUCGUUUUCUGUCAAUUGACACACAACAGACCUAGUCAUAUCGACACUGAUCUUGAAGAAACCGUUGGAAUGGAGGUGGACUCUGGUCCUCAGCCACAUAUCCAUUGGGGUCAGAUCAAAACUCAAGAGUACGAACUGGCAGAACAUCUGUCGACUGCGCACCUAGCAUCGAAAGAGGUAGUGGAUGUGGACUCCUGGCUGGUUCAGUCUAUUUUCCAGCAAUACAAGCGAAAAAAACAGUCUCGAAGUCAUCGUAUACGUCAUGUGCAUCCUGACCCUACCUUCAAGUUGGACCUUGACAAGGCCAAAGCCAUUCAAGUUAUUUUUGAGGAGAAGAAAUCCAUGUUGGUGCGAUGCAGUGUGGCAGAUGCAGUCAAGUUUGGCCAGGAAAUGGCAACAGCGAUCAACGUAGUGUCCCCAGAUUUGGUGAAGACUCAUGAACGCCAGAAGACGAUUGAGUGGUGUUCCAUCGCGUAUGGAAAUCUCAUCUGCAAUCCAGGCUGGGGUGUUCAACUAAAGAUAAAGACGUUCAAGGAUGAUGAUACACAUGGUUUUUCCAUCAGGGCUACCAGGGAUCUGGUUGCAGAGGAGAUGCUCUACCCUCUCAUAGGUUUAUUGGCUUCUGAUUCAACGGCGGAACACUCGCAUCUGUCGGAACUCCGUCCUCACCUGAGUCAAGUGCAAGAACAAGCAGAAACAGAAAAGCCACGUGUGCUCAUAGGACCGCUACGAUUCAUAAACCAUGCGUGCAAUUCGUUCAAUGCCAAGUUUAUUCCAAUCAAUUCAACACUGUCUUUUGUGGUUUGCACCACGAAAGCCAUCAAAUCAGGUCAAGAGGUUUUUGUCAACUAUGGAGAAAAGUAUUUCGAAGAUCUAGGCCAAUGCCCAUGUAGGGACUGCAAGGGGGAGAGUUCUGAGGAUGUCCGUUCUGAGGAUGCCACUUCACCGCUGGCAACAAAAAGUGAAUUGGUAAAGGCAGCUUUUAAAAAGAGGCGUGCAGCAAAGAAGGUAAAGGCAACCACAGCCAGGAAGGAAAAAAAAGAUGUUGACGGGAGGGUUUAG